AUUUACUCAAACCAAUAAUUGCUCAAUGAGGAGACCAGUUUCUUGUGGGAUAAGACUCCAGGAGGGGACCGUUGUAGCAAUCAGCUGCCGGAAACGGAACAAUCUGAUCGGCCAACGGACAUCGGAAUCUUCGGGCUAAGCGCUGCCUUCGUCUAUGUUAGAUAAUGGGACAAAGAAGAUUGUUAAUGUUGGCAGUGAUUGUAUGCCUAUUUACAUCCUCUUGUGGAAGAGAACUCAAGUUGAAGCAUAAGGAUAAUCACGCUGGUUAUAACCACACUCUUGCCAAAAUAUUGGUGGAAUAUGCAUCUGCGGUAUACCUGUCAGAUUUGACAGAACUUUUCUCAUGGACUUGCUCAAGAUGUGAUGGGUUGACUAAGGGAUUUGAAGUUAUUGAGCUGAUUGUUGAUGUCCAGCAUGGCUUACAGGGAUAUGUCGGAGUUGCGAAGGAUCCCAAUGCUAUCAUUAUUGCUUUUAGAGGCACUCAAGGACAAAGUAUACAGAACUGGAUAGAAGACCUAUACUGGAAACAGCUUGAUCUGAAUUACCCUGGCAUGCCUGAUGCAAUGGUGCACCAUGGUUUUUUUUCUGCUUAUUAUAAUACAACCAUUCACCCUGGAAUUCUAACUGCUAUAAAAGAAGCAAAGGAAAUCUACGGAGACCUUGACAUCAUGGUUACAGGGCAUUCUAUGGGAGGGGCCAUGGCUGCCUUUUGUGGGCUUGAUCUGGCGGUCAAUCAUGAAGCUCAGAAUGUACAAGUAGUGACAUUUGGACAGCCUCGUAUAGGAAAUGCAGCUUUUGCGUCAUAUUAUAGCCAACUCGUGCCUAAUACUAUCCGGGUCACAAAUGGACAUGACAUCGUGCCUCAUUUGCCUCCAUACUAUUACUAUUUCCCUCAAAAAACAUACCACCACUUCCCAAGAGAGGUGUGGUUGUAUGAAUUUGGACUGGGAAGUCUGGUUUAUAGAGUUGAGAAGGUCUGUGACGAUUCUGGUGAAGAUCCAACCUGUAGCAGGUCAGUGAUGGGGAACAGCAUUUCAGACCAUAUAGUUUAUUAUGGUGUUGAGUUAAGAGGUGAGACAUGUAGAUCAUGUGGAAUUGUGAUGGAUCCACGUGUAGCAGAGUAUCGCAAAACAGAUAUUCAAGGAAACUUUAUAUUUUCCAGGAAUCCCGCUGCUUCUGUUCUGAGAUUGGAUGCACAAUCAGACGUAUAAGGCAACGAUGUUUAAAUCUCCACUGAAGCUGUUAGUGUCUUCUCUCUGUGAGGUCAGAUGGAGAUUUGAUCCCACACAAGUUUUCCUUUCUGUCUUGUUUGGAGCCCAACCAAAAGUGCAUUGUACAUUAUAGACGUGGUGGGUUUGGGGAUGAAUAUAUGUACGUAUCCAUUGAAUUGUGCACAUUGUUACCUUUGUUAAUAUAAUGACCUGACACAGGUAAGUUAAACGCAGUUCCAUGUGACUGCCUUUUUCUUUAAUGCGGGUCUCAUUUUACAUUGUCUAAUUGUUUACUUCAAUAGCUUUACAUCUUCGAUCAUUACAUAGAUCGUUCAUUAUCCUUUGCUCUAAUUGUGUUAUAGGAAAAAAUUUCAUGUGAGGAAAAUAUUGACGGAAAGUUUAAUGGAAAUGUGUAGCUCUUUAAGUCCCUUCAAUGAUGUGGAAUCUCAAGAAUCUAUUUGGUUAAAAACUGUUUUUUUAUAAAGCUGAAUCUAGAGACUUAAUUGUAAGGGCAUCAUGUUUGAAUAUUGAAUGAGUCCUUUAGGAGUUUUGCAACUCAAAUUUCGGAUGGAUCAUUCGGCUUAGAACUCCCAAAGGCAUCUGUCCACUUCUACUGGAUUAAUCGUAUGGCGUUGAGCAUCCUUUGUUUUUGACCAUCAAUAAAUCGCCCCAUAAAGUGUAUUGUCAGCCCAGAUGGAGAGAUGCUUGAGAAGAGGUAAACAUGAGUGGAAUCAAUAUGUACGACAUGUUUACCUUCAAAGGUACUGUAGCUUGGUUAUUGAGUUUGCAAUUCCAGCAAUUACAGUUUGCCAAACAAAGCACAGUGUGUGCACCUAUAUCUUUUUUUCUUUUUAAUAUGAAAUGAAUGUUCCAUUAUGCAUUGUACAUCUCUAGCUUUGUGAAGGAAGGAUGUUACUCUGGGUAAGACCAUUUGGU